AUGUCUGUGGUACACCAGCUGUCACCUGGAUGGUUACUGGAUCAUCUUUCUUUCAUUAACAAGAUCAACUAUCAACUUCAGCAUUAUGAGUCUUGUUGCAGUAAAAAUGAGUCCACUUUUUCUGACCAGUGUUGUUCUCUUCAAAUGACUUCUGUGUCUUCUUUUGGACCUUCUGCAACAUUUAUUGUUUCUGAUGUGACUACUAAACCUGAGAAUGAUGAUAGACGAAGUAGUGGAAUGCUCAUACAAAAAUAUGUUUUUCGAUCUGAAUUAUUUGAUGUCACCAAGCCCUAUAUAACUUCAGCUGGCCAUGAAGAAUGCCAACAAAGUAAUGAAAAGGAAGGUCUACUGGAUGGUGUUAAGAAAGAAAUCUCCACUUCUAUCAUUGGGAAGAAACGUAAAAGGUGCGUGAUUUUCAAUCAAGGUGAAUUGGAUGCUAUGGAAUACCAUACAAAGGUCAGGAGGCUGAUUUUGGAUGGAUCUUCACAGUUAGUUCAAGAGGGUCUCAAAAGUGGUUUUCUUUACCCACUUUCUGAAAAACGGGAGAAGUGUAGUGAACAUAUGACUUUACCACUUGAUACUUGUAAUUUAUCAGAAUUAUGUGAAAUGGCGAAGCAUUUGCCUUCUCUGAAUGACAUGGAACUUCAGACAUUACAAUUGAUGGAAGAUGAUAUGUCUGUUACAGAGCAGGAUUUAUUUUCACGGAUUGUUGAAAACAGCUCUAGCUUCACAAAAAUGAUUACUUUAAUGGGACAGAAAUACUUGCUCCCACCAAAAAGUAGUUUUCUUUUGUCUGACAUUUCUUGUAUGCAACCACUUCUGAAUUGUAGGAAAAAAUACGAUGUUAUUGUGAUAGAUCCACCAUGGCAAAACAAAUCAGUGAAAAGAAGUAACAGAUACAGUUAUUUAUCACCUAUGCAGAUAAAGCAAAUACCUGUUCCUAAAAUGGCUGCUCCAAACUGUCUUGUGAUUACUUGGGUGACCAAUAGACAGAAGCACCUGCGUUUUGUAAAAGAAGAACUUUAUCCGUCUUGGUCUCUGGAGAUAGUUGCUGAAUGGCACUGGGUAAAAAUCACCAAUUCAGGAGAGUUUGUGUUUCCGUUAGAUUCUCUGCACAAAAAGCCUUAUGAAGGUCUUAUACUGGGGAGAGUUCGAGAAAAUGCUGAUUUACAACUAAGGAAUGCUGAUGAAAAAAGGCUCACUAUUCCAGACCAUAAAUUAAUUGUCAGUGUGCCCUGUACUCUUCACUCACAUAAGCCACCCCUUGCUGAGGUUCUAAAAGACUACAUCAAGCCAGAUGGGCAAUGUUUAGAAUUGUUUGCUCGAAAUUUACAGCCAGGUUGGACUAGCUGGGGCAAUGAAGUUCUGAAAUUUCAGCAUGUGGAUUAUUUUGUUACUCUGGAAUCUGGAAGCUGACUAUGAUCUUGGCCAAAGUGGUAGUUUUCUUCAGUUUUUCGUC